AAGGCAAACCUCAGAAGUUUACAAUAGGUAAUUUGGAGACUCCAUUACGGAUAGGGCAUCCAUUCAAUAUUCCUCUAGAUGUCCAGGAUGAAUUUGGACAUACCACUCUACUGACGGAAAAUAUUAUACCAGUCCUUGAAGCAAGUGAUCUAACAUUACAGUAUGAAAUAAAAAGAAGACCAAAUUGCGCCAUUGCAGGCAUAAUUGCUAAAGGCCUUGUAAAUAAUUGCCAAGGCAAGAACUUUAAUCUAAAGAUCACUCUUCCUGGUCUAAAGGAAGAGUCCCAAGUUUUGAAAAUUAAACUUUUCCCAGGCCUUCCUCAGCAGCUAAAUGUGAAACUAGAUUCUGAUGUCUUGAAAAUUGAGAAUGGAACAGCUUUCUCUUUUCCUGUUGAAGUAUUGGAUGUAGUAGGCAACAUAACAGCUCAACCAAAACUACUUGUUCAGUGCAAGUUUUUAGGAGUUCCAGGCCUUCCUGUAUAUUGUGUGGAUUACAGCAGUCCUGAUAAAAAUAUAUUAACUGGACCAGUUCUUCACAUUCAAAAUUUAAAGAAAGUUCAAAUACUUGAAGCAAUAAUUGAAAUACCAAGUUGUAAAAAUGUGUCACCGGUGAACAAGACUAUUCACCUGGUUCCUAGUAGCCGUGUUGCAGAACUGCAGAUUAAUUGCAUUGAAAGAGAAAAACGUAUUCAGAUUAAAAAUGAGGAAGUAAUUACCCGUGUUGCGGGUGAUGUGCUAAAAAACCUUACUUUCCAAAUGUAUGACGAGGGAGAAAGAGAAAUCAAAAUAACUCCAGCUCUAGCUAAAAAGGUUAAAAUAAGUUGGACUCCAAAGCUUAAUAGCAAACAACUGAUCAAAGGGUUGCUACCUGAUGUGAAAGUUCCAACAUCUGUAAAAGAUGAAUGCUGUUGUCUGCUUACAUUCAGUGAUGAACACGUUUCUUUGGCAAGUUCAUUUGUGGUCAG